AUGUUAAGAGCGCAUCUGAUAAAGUGUGCACUCAUGGUUUUAGCUGUUGUGCUCACAAUUGAUGAUGAAACCACUAGCCCACCAGUGCUGCCUUGUGUGAUAGAACCUGCUGCCAAGAUUGCAGUAGCAACAUUAGCUCGAUUUAUGGCUAUGUAUUUCAGCAAUCAGUCCUUGUUCGUAUAUCCUCCUUACAAUCCACAACCUCUUCCAAGAUUAGAUUCUCCUGAAAAAAAUAUUGAUAACAGGAGGAUAGCAGUGUAUCAUGAUCAAAUCUCAGUCGCGGUCAGGAAGUCUGAUCUGUCGGGCAUUUUCACUGUCAAUCUCGCAUUGCAACUCCUGCUGGUGUGUGGUCUUCAUUGGGAGGCUAUUUGGUUUGCUAAACAGCUUGGCGACUGGAAGAGUAGUCUAAUACUCGCUGUAAUUGCGAACGAACACAGUGCUCUCCAAAAAAAAAUGGUCAAGAAUACAGCUUUGCCAGUGGAUCUCCAUCCACUAUCGAUUGUGAAGGAGAACCUGAUGCAUGUUAUCCACCAGUCACAGUACACAGCGCCACAGCAACAAAAUUUCUCUAAUAACCACAAGGCUCAGUUCAAGUCAUCUCCAACUCGGCUACUCACAUCAUGCAAGAAGUCAUUGUCGAUAGCGUCUCUAACAGAAGCUGACAAAGCUCUCCAUGAGCAGUUGUCUCGUAGCAUCAAAGAGAUCCUGACAGCUGCCACUGUUGCUAAGCUUGAUGUCACACCAUGGCUCCUCUGUCAACUCAUGCAGAAGUGUUUGGCAAUGGUUGCUAAGUUUGAUCGAUUGGUGCCAGAUGACUUCUAUCUGCCUGCUCCACCUUACUUCUGCCCUCAACCAUCACUUGGAAUUGAAGUGACGUAUUGUGAAGCUGUGCAAGAUGAGUAUGAGUUGCGUCGUGAGACAUCAGAUAUCAUCCAACUGAUUCUGUUAGUUCUAAGUGCCUCUAAUUGCACAAUGCCAUGCUCGCGUUGGUAUGUACAAGAAUUAAUGAAAGCUCAGGAAAAGCUGAUCGAUCAAGAUCAAGACACAACAUGUGAUUUUCCCACAAUGCUUGCCUCGUACACUACGUGUCCAGUUGACUUCAAGGCAUUACUAACGAACUCUGACCCAACACGACUUUCAACAAAGUUGCUACUACAGUGUUUUCGAGAUAUUUGUACAAUUGUGUGGUUGCUAAAUGUGAGAGACAAACUCACAAUGGCAGUUAGAAAGUAUCGUGUUAUCCAAGAGAAUGUUUGCUCUUCUCUAAACACUUUCCCUACCUUUCAGCAGAAGUCAAGGUCUGUGCUACAAGAUAUCAUACAGUGGUCCAAGUUCUUACAUUCCUUCUCUUUCUUCCUAAACAUGGAAGAUGAGGUUCAAGAUAUUCUUCUAACAGCAGUUUCAAACCUUCCUCCUUCAAAGGAUGUGGCAGAGGUUCUUGGAGAAGUAUUCUACAGCUCAAAGAUUGUGCUUCCUGCAGUUGAAGAGAAGUUUCAGAGAGUAAUGACAAAACUGAAGAAGAAAAAAGAGAAAGCUCACGAAAGUGCAGAAAAGAAAAAGAACUCAAGUACUUUAACACUUGAACCUUUGUAUGUUUAUUAUAGAAAGCAAUGCCUCAAGCAGAAAAGGUCACUGAUCAGUAAGACGGAAAUUUUAGGGUCUGUUGAGGAGCAAAUACUUGGAAUUUAUUGCACACCACCAAAAAGCAAGGAAACAAUUGAAAAGCAAUUAUCAAAAGCUUCAACUUUCAAAGUUGGUGCACGCAGUUUUGAAACAAACAAAGUCUUCCUUGAUUUUUUGGAGACAUUUUUCUUAGUAGCUUUUGGAAAGUUUGAUGAGUCAGUGAGUUACCAUGGCAUUAAGAAGACUGACAACAUUCCUCUGUUGAGGAGCUAUGCUGACGAGAUUCGGCAACAUGAGCUUAGUACUCUGGCUUUUGGAAUUGCAAAACCUCAACAUUGUGUUGAACUAAGCGAUGCUGUAUUAUUGCGAAGCCAAUGCUUUGAAAACUUGUCAAAGAGCUUUUCUUUAACCAGAAGUGGGGCACAUGAAACUGACGGUUGUGUACCAAGUAAAAUAAAAGGGUUGUUUAGAAGUAAACAGAGCUACUUCUUCAAGAAAAAGAUGCUACCGUCCAUUGAACUGUUAUCAACACUAAACAACAAGGGCGCAGAACAAGAGGUGGUUGAUGUCCUGGAAAAGGAUGAACGGCCAGUUAGCAGACUUAGCCAAAAGGGUUCAUUAGGAUAUAGAAAAAACCAAAGUUUUGAUGAUAUUCGAGCUGUAUCAAGAAUGUCUUCUCUUAGCUCAAGUAGAGUAUCAAGAUCAUCUCUUACAAAGCUGAGAUCCUCAAAGGGAUCUCUAAUGCUUGGAUUAGAUGGUCAAAAACUGUUUUUAGAUGUAAAUUUUGUGCCAGGAGCAGUAUAUAAGGAGAUGGUUAUGGUACAGCAAUGGAUGUCCAGGUGGUCCAAGAAAGUCUUACCAUUUGAUACCCAUAGUUCAUCAGAAACAACUGAAAGAGCAAUUAGAGUGGAACUUCCACAGCAACUCCUGAUCAAUUGCAUGUGGCUUACUGAAAAUUGGUACAAUAUAGAAAAAACAACAUCAACUGAUGGUACUAGAGUUGAUAAUGUUGAUGGAAUUGAUCAAGGGAUAAAGAAUAGACGCGUUGGUGUCGCUAUGAGACCUGACCUAGAUAAAGAAAAUUCAAACGUUGAGGCUAAAGACAAGAUGAGUAAAUCAAAGGUUACCAUGAAGAAGCGGUCAAAAUCUUCUCAAUGUUUUGAAAUAAGAUCAAAUAAUAUUGAAAGUGAAUUAAAGAAACCAGAUGGUGAAGACCAAGAAACCAAAUCUAGAAUUUCAAAAAUUAGCAAAACAAAGAGGAGGAAGUUUAAGAAGUCGUCAAAAACCUCACAAUCUUUAAAAAUUCAUUCCGAUACAUCGCAGUUGUCAAACGAUGCAUUUAAACAGAAAGAGAAGGAGGAACAAGAGAUUGCCGAAAAGAAAUUGAAGAAGAGUGAUUGUGAUUCUGAUGAAAUUGAUGAAGAAAAGAUUAAAAAAUCAUCUCGUCUCAGAAAACAACAGACACGUGAGGUCUCAACUGAAACAUCACUAAAGACGACACUUGAUGCAUUGGAAAGGAAACACAGUAUUCCACAGUCGCCGCUUGUGUCACCAUGCGCAUCCAUCAACCGGCUACAUUCUGAUCAAACGAUUGGAUUUAGGAAGUUAGUUCGAGCUGAACUUAAGAAACUGCUUGAGUUUUUGACAGUCAAUCUGUUUUAA